AUGAGUAUACGAUCGUGUAUAGCUGUCCUAAUUGCCCUCCUUAAACUGUGCGUCUGUGAUGAACGCUAUGGUGGUGACCUCAAACAGAACGAGGCGAUGUGCGCACGAUUUGGAAUGAAUGCCCUAUUUGACCCCGAAUUGGUGCUGAAAACAAAAUGGAGGAUAUACUAUACUUGGAACUUGAGGUUGUCCUUUGGAUGCCUUGAUAUGACGUUUAAAACUGUUAAUCCGUUGAUUAUCAACCGCUUCUACUCAGACAUGAACAAGCAUUUGGAAACGCAGCCAGUGUGGGAGGCGGCUUCUCUGCUGGUCACCAUGGGCUAUUUUAACCAUCAGAUGCUGCUAUUCUCCGAGCCUGGACCUGCUGGAAAAUUUAUAGGGAUACCGAACAUCUCACAGCGAGCUAUCGAGAUGCUCCCGCACCCAGCCAGCGUGCCGCUCCUCAAGUUCCAGCUGAAGCUGAUCCGCGAUGGCAAGUUCCUCAUCAUGAUGGACUGCCACAUCGGCGCCGUGUCCCUCUCAGCACGGUACAGCGGGAAACCACCUACGGAAGAGGAGUUAGCGGAGGCGGUAGCGGAGGCGGGGUUGGGCGAGGGAUUCUCAGCGUGCAUGAAGGGGAAGAAACCUAUACAGUUCUAAGAUGGUCUCCGGAAACUUGCAGUACUAGUCAGUACUACCAAUGCGGGUUACAGCCUACUUAAUGGGUCGCUGUAUUAAUGGGUUUCAAAUUAUAUAUCUCACUAGGAACCGUAGUUAUG